AUGCACCGCACGGCCUAUCAAAACAUCCGGCUCAAUAACGACUCGCGUGCGGGUCAUGUCAUAGCACCGGCAGCGGCUGAUGCUACUGUACUUGGCGCAAAACACAAUGCCAUGCAUGUCCCAGCUGGCGAGAAAAACACCCCAGCCCGGCGAUUCUAUAUAACAAACUUUCCAAUACAAUACCACGGACGCCUGCCGCGUCUUCACCAAGCACUCCCGUCCGCCUAUCUACCCGAGUCAUCGCCAUUUGACCGCCGCCUCCCCGUCACCCUCACCGUCACCCUCACCCUCACCGUCACCCUCACCGUCACCCUCACCCUCACCCUCACCGACGCCUCUCUCAUGCUUCGUUAA